AUGGCAUACCGCGGAGCGCUGAGCCGCGUGAGCCUGAGCGAGGACAAUGCACGUGCGGGGCGCAAGUCCAUGGGUGGCCCCAUCAAGAGGCAAUCGCGUGGAGGGCGCAACAGCCUUGCACCCCAGAGCAAGCGCGAGAGCCUCGCCGGUCCCAAGGCCUCCUCUCGCAAGUCCAUGGCAGGCCGGCCAUCCACGGGCGGGCGGCCAUCGACUGCAGGCCGCUACUCGAUGGGUGGGCGCCAGAGCAUGGGCGGCGCAAACAGCCGCCGCUCCAGCAUGCACCGUCGACCAGAGCCCCGCCCUCUGAGCGACAAAGGAUACAAGCAGCAGAGCAUCAAGGAGCUGAUGGAGUUCCUGGUGUACAACCAGUUCCCAAAGGCCAUUUCCGAGCAGCGCCUCAAGGGGCCCUCCACGCGCGAGUUUGUGGAGAUUUUCCAGUUUGUGUAUGAGCGCUUGGAUCCUUGCUUCCCCUGGGCCAAGCUCAAGGCCGAGGAUGAGAUUCCAACCUUGCUCAAGGCCAUCGGCUACCCGUUCUCCGUCAAGCCCAGCCUCAUCAUCUCCUGCGGCAGCCCCCACAACUGGCCAAAGCUUCUCGGCGCCCUUCGCUGGAUGAUCGAGCUCACAGACUUCUUGGAGGAUCACAAGGACAACAUUCUCCGCCUCCUCAUCUCCCAAGCGCAGCUGCUGUCUGCUGACCGUGAGGGCGACUUCUUUGGCACCGCCGACAGCGAGGAAAUGCUGGAGACACUGCAGUUUAUCCUCGAAACAGCUGAGACCUUCCGGCAGCACGGCGAGGACGGGAUGCUGCCAUCGCUGGAGCCCGAGGCUGUGGAGGAGAAGCGCAUGCAGGUGAUUGAGGAGCGAGAGGCCCUCAAGGCAGAGAGCGAGCAGCUGCGCGCACAGCGCGAUGAGCUUGAGUCUGCAAGCAGCAGGCUGCCCAAGCUGCGGCAGAAGAAGGCGGAGGUGGAGAGCGACUGCGAGCAGUUGACGCAGGAGCUUGCAAAGGGGCGGCAGAGCGAGGAACGGUACGACAAGCGCAUCGCAGAGUUGCAACAGUUUCUGGAAGCGCGCAAGGAGGAGCUCGCAAACGUUCAAGCUCGCAAGAGGAAACUGCAGGAGACGUGUGAUGCGCAAGACAUGCAGCGAGAGCAGUUUGAGCAAGUGCAGACGGAGCUUGCGCGCCUGAAGACGGAUUUGAAGAGCACACGCUUCCAGAUUCGCCAGCGCAAGGACGACGUGAAGGCAAAGCAGGACGCUGUUGCACAGAAGGAGCAGCAACUGAUUGAGCUGCUCAACGACUACAACCACCUCGUCUGCGAGCUUGGUUUGACGUCUGCCAACGCCAACAACCCCGUCAGCCGCGACUGCCGCCUCCGCGUUCAGACUACAGCCGACUCUGUCGACGAAAUUCUCUCAGCGAAUGUGAAGCGCGACAUUGCGCCCGCCAUCCAGGAGUUCCGUGGCCAGGUGCAGCAAAGCCUGCAGCAGGCCGGGCUGGAGCAGCAGCACGUGGCGCGGCAGUUGGCGGAGGUGCAGCAGCAAAUUGAUGCGAAGCGGGAGGAAAUUGGCAGCCUCGAACAGCGCAUUCAGGCCACCAUGAAGCACUGCUCCAACGAGGAAGAGCUGCUGAGGGAGGAACGCCAGCGCCACGAGUCGUCGCUCAAGUCGGAGCAGGGCGAAGCCAGCCGUCUGCGGGAAGAGGUGGACACCCUGCGGCAUCAGAGCCAGGUGCAGCUUGAGCACGCCAUGCGCCGAUACCAGGAGCUCAAGGAGAGCUGUGCCCGUGAGGAAGAGCGCCUGAACAAGGUCAUCUUCGAGGCCCUCACCGCCGUUGUGCACUACAAGGAAUACGUCACCAACGUGCUUGCCCAGAUGCAAGCCCGGUACUGCCAAUGA